AUGUCAUUGGAGACAUCUUCAUUUUUUGAGAGUCCUGUGAAAGACGCGUCUGAACUUCCUUCCGCUCCGGCGCUGGAUGCUAGCAAUUUCUUCGGGGAUCCGGUCGAGCCAGCACUCAAGUUUCGAGACAAUCAAGAUGCAUUAACAGAUGCAACAAGUCCCAAUACUACUGCAGCCACGCCAGCUCCCAGUGACGGAUGGAUCGUAGAGGACACAGACGAACCGGAAGAUUAUGUUGCUCCUGACGGAAAUAUGCCUGAAGAGGACGCAAUAAAUGAGCCAACGGAAGAGCCCAUCUACCAACCACCCGUAAUGGCGCGAAACUUUGACGGAAAACUCGUAGUCAUACGCAAGAAGAGGAAAUCUACUCGAACGUCAGUUUCCAUUUCCGAACCGAAAGACGCCAUUUCAAAACUGGUGACCGUUCGAACUCACAAGAUUAUGGAACAACUGGCGAAAGAGACGGCUCAGCGACUCGACCUCGAAUCAGAGCCAACCACAUCCACGUCAAAGAUCAAGUCACUCGAGGUUGAGGAAACUCUAUGGACGGACAAAUACCGGCCUAGGCACUUUACUGAUCUGCUCGGCGACGAGAGGGUUCACCGUGAUACGAUGUUGUGGGUUAAAGAGUGGGAUGCUUGCGUUUUCCCGGAAAAGAUGGUUGGAAGGAGGAAGAAGCAGGCCAAAGAAGGAGAAGAGACGAAUAUCAUCGACCUCGAGAAAAAGCUCAUCCUCCUUCUCUCCGGCCCACCUGGACUGGGAAAGACGACUUUGGCCCACGUAGUAGCCCGUCAAGCGGGCUAUGCUGUCAUGGAGAUCAACGCUAGUGAUGCUCGGUCUGGUGCCACAAUAGAUGAGCGGAUACGACCAGUGCUAGAAGCAGGGACCAAGGUCGGAGGCAGUAAACCAGUGCUCGUUGUCAUCGACGAAAUUGAUGGCGCCACGGGAGGUGGAGACAAUACGAUUGGAUUCGUACAAAGGUUACUCUCGAUGACCAUUGACAAACCGAAGAAAACCCGUUCGAGAAACCAAAAAGACACGCGUAGGCCUCUUCUUCGGCCAAUCAUCUGCAUUUGCAACGACCUCUAUGCCGCCUCGUUAGCCAAACUGCGCCCGGUCUCGCGAAUUGUCCGUUUCCAGCCACCUGCGCCGGUACACCUGGUCAAGCGAUUGAAAGAAAUAUGUGAAAUGGAAGAUCUUCGUGCAGACUCGAGAAGUUUGACGGCGCUGGUCGGCGCAAGUCAAGGGGACAUGAGGGGUUGUUUGAACACGCUACAAUUGCUGAAAGCAAAACACUCCGAGAUUACAGAACCCAUCGUUCGUCGGGCGACGAUGGGCAUGAAAGAAUCAGAGGGGUCCUUCAUGGACGUUCUUACCGACAUCUUUACGCCUCUCUCGAGAUCACGCGUGAAGGAUAUGGGACUCACGUCGGAAGAGGAGCAAAAGUAUGUUCAUCGUUUGAACCGGUCAAUCGAAUCAACUGGAGCCGUGGACAAGGUGGCACUCGCGUGCUUCGAACAUUACCUUAACUAUCGCAUACACGACGCAGAUUUCAAAGCCUACGAAAAGGCUCUUCGAUGGCUAGCUACAUACGACCAUUUCACAAGUGGGAUGUGGCAAGAUAGGGAAUACUCUAUUACGCCUUAUAUCGGAUACUCACUCAUUGCAUUUCAUCCUACGUUUGCAACAAAGGGUGGGCCCAAAUUGGAGCGCCCAAAGGCGGACUGGGAAGCAUAUCAAAGGCAAAAGACUUACGAAGAAGUUUAUCGCACUCUCCAAAGAAACGUUCUCGGGGAACCUGGGAUUGGUGGAGCCAGUAAAGCGGCAGCUCGUUAUCGUCACCUCGUCGCCAAUGGAACUCUUCAACUCGAAUUUGCGCCACUCCUCAAUCGGAUCAUAUCACCGCCUCUCAAACCAGUGAACAAACAAGUGAUAAAGCCCGAAGAACGGCUGCUUAUGUCACGAGUCGUCGAAAUCAUGGUUACCCUAGACCUACAUUUUAUUCAAGAAAAGCAAGAGGAUGGAACCCUGGUAUAUCGGCUGGAUCCACCUAUCGACGCCUUUGUAACUUAUGACGAGAAACGGGCCGCAGACAUUGCCGUCUCGAGAUAUGCCACUCGACAUCUCAUCGCAGCGGAAAUCGACGCUCAGGUCAUAGAGCGACAAGCAGAGGCACUCGAGGAGACUAGUAAAUCCAAGGCAUCACACUUUUUUGGCAAAUCUGCAACAGUUGUAACAGAUGACACCGGCUCGAGCCCCGUGAAAGGGAGCCAUGAACAAGAAGCAUCGUCUCCUCUUGUCGCGAGUAGGAAGCGCAAGAGGGAGGAGCAGGAAAUGGACAUUGCUGACAAGUCUCCCGUGGACUUCUUUGGAAGAUUGAUCGCUCCGACGCAGAUACAGGCGGAUGGAUCGCAAGGUUUGGUCCCAACUCGGCCCUUCAAGGUCACCUAUAAGUAUACGGAGGGAAUGAGUGCUGCAGUUCGCAAACCUGUCAAGAUGAUAUCUCUCCUUGAUUAG